AGGAGAGAACUAUCGGGUCAGUCAGUCUGCCCUACUGGAGAGAAGGUUAAUCAGGUAAUGAUCUGGUUAUGUGCUGUAUUAUAAGGAUGUCCUAACUACGGCUAAAAUAUGGUGGGGUUUACUUAUCCUUUAAAGAUCAAGUUCAGGGGCGAUCCUGUCCAUUUUUCCACCUGAGGCGGCUCUCAUUUUGCCUCCCCACGGCACUCACCUUUUCAACGCCGGAAGGGGUCGUGGUCGGUCCACGUCGCUUGUGCUCUCUGCACUAGAAGAGAAAUUUCCGGGUUGAAAAACGGAAAGUCAGCUCUUAGUUACCAGGAGCGCCAUUUUUGCUCUGCCGCCGGAGGCGAGUGUCUCAACUCACCUUAUUGGUGGCGAACCCGUGAUCAAGUUCAAAGAUUCUGACUAAAGAAACUAAAAGAAAAGUAGAAGUCAUUGCAAUCUCCCUAUCCACCAGCUGGGGGCGUGAUUUCCACUCUGUCUUUCACACUCUCUAUAAAUGCAGUUGCCUCCAUUGGCCAGCAGAGUCCCUGAGAAAUGUCAGUGGACAGACAGACACACAAUGAGCGCCUGUGUGCUUGGGAAAGCUCUGGGCACAGUCAGAAUCAGCAGAGUGUGCCGAUAACACUCCAACAAAAGAAAAAGUUACAGGAACUCCAGCCGGUGCCCUGAUCCAUGCUGGGCUCUACACUUACUGGAUCCUGGUUCUGGCAAGGCUUGGCAUGCUACAGACCCACAUUCCAGGCAUGAGAAAGGACUAACUAAAAGCCUGACCCAGCCCCCCUGCAGAUCUGGGAAGCCUGUGCUGUUUCUCUACAACAACAACUGAUUGAUUUCCCCAUUGCUGCUGGGACAGCCAGAAGCUCCCUAACAAGUUGUUUCCAGUGAUAUUUUUGGAACUCAUGUGGCAGCACCAUUGAGAAAAAAAACUGCACUCCUUCUUAUCUACUAAAGUGCCUCCUUACAGUAUAAAGAGAAUGGGGGAAACGGCUCCCCCACAAGCCCCAGCAGGUAACCUUGGAAUAGGUGUUGCAGGCGCUGGGCUCCUCGGGGGCGGGUCAGUCACUCCCCGUAUUCACAGCGCCAUUGUAGAGCGCCUGAGGGCUCGGAUUGCCGUGUGCCGCCAGCAUCACUUGAAUUGUGAGGGUCGUUAUGAGCGGAGUCGGGCAGAGAGCUCAGACAGGGAGCGAGAGAACACACUACACUUGCUGACUCUAGUGCAACACGGGCAGGGCCCCAGGAAGAACAACAAACACAACAAGAGCACUUGUGCCCCACCACCUGACUACCACCAUCAUCAGCAGCAGCAGCAGCACCUGCAGAGAACCGAAGGGAAGGAAAUCAAUGGGAACCAACAACCUCACUCUUCUAACGGGCUGAACCAGAGGAACUCCGCUCUCAUCGCACUGCAAGGCUCUUUGAAGAGGAGAUUGGUUGUUUCGCCUCCACAAAGUAAGAGAGCAAAUGGCAUUUCAGACCAUUCGUUCCUUGAUUUUAAGAAACUAAGAAAUGAGCAUCUUUUAGCCGCACAAAGCGAAUAUCAUAACAUUGAUGGGCUUCACCAGCUCAAUACUGGAGAUGCACAGAUGGAGCUUUCAGGACCCAGAAGCACCAUUCAUAGCAACAACAACAGCAACUGCAAUUCCAAUGAUUUAUUUGGCUUUGCUCUUAAGGAUAUAAAAAAGGAACCAGGAGAAGCUGUGUCUUGUGGCAAGCAUUUAGACAUUCCUCUGUCCCAUGAAAAUCAGAUGAAAUGUGGGGAGGAUUCAGGAGAGCAGUUUAUGGAUCCUGACCUCCAGGAAUUAUUUAAUGAGCUUACUUACAUUUCGGUACCACCCAUGAGUGAUACUGAAUUGCAAAACAUGAUAAAUAUCACUAUAAAGCAAGAUGAACCUUUCCACAUUGAUCUAGGCCACCAAAAUCAACGGACAUCUUCAUCCAUGCCUUUAGACAAAGUUGUUAUAAAAAGUGAAUAUUCACCUGGCCUAGAUUCUGCUUGUAUUGCUUCACCCCAGAUGAGGCCUUCUUCUACAGGACCAGCCUUUCCAAUUCCUAAUGCCCCUUUGACAUCUUCACCAAAUACCACAGCACCCCAAAACCCAUCACAGACACAGGUGCCUGGUACAAACCGAUUGCACAGCUGGCAGGAAUUAUCUCAUGCCCAACAGCUAAAGCAAAUAGCUGCUAACAGACAGAAUAAUAUCAUUCACCAACAUCAGCCAAACCAGCCUUCAAGCUGGCCAAACAUGUCGCCAAAUGGAUUGACACCAAGGCCCUUUGGAGAUGUAAACAUUCCAAGCUCAUUUCGACAUCAACAGUUAAGUUCUCAUAGUCCGUCCACAAGCAAUGUACCUGUAAAUGGGGCCAAAAUGAUGAGCAGCUAUCUUUAUAAGCAGAAUGCAAGUUCUCAAAAUAGCACCAAUGAACUAAUAAAAACACAGGAUUCUGCCAAGUGUGCAGUCAAUGCCACCCAUUCCACUCAAGAACAAAUUCAUAGCAAUAUUAAGCCUUUGUUUCAUUUUAACCACGACCAGUCAAACCAACAAAUGUCUUCUGUCGUGAACAAUCCAAGCAAACCCGUGUUACAAUAUCCUCAGCAGAAGCAACCAACAUCUUCAUCAAAACAACACCAUGAACAGGUACAAAGUGUCUCCAACCAACAGCUAUCAAGGCCAACUACAUUUCAGCAAAAGAUGACAUUUACAAAACUACAGCAAAACCAACCAAUCUCGGGUCUUCACUAUUCAUCUGUUCACCCACAACAGGAUCAGCAUUCUGCAGCAGCCCCGGGUACUCCUACCAGCUCCAAGCCAACGUCAUGUGCAAGUCCAAACACCGGCAAUGGUUAUACUUCCCAGCAGCCCUUGUCAGCGCAACAACUGAUGGAGAAGGCAAAUGUCCUUCAGAGGCAGAUGAUGGAGCAGAAACAGCAGCUUCUACUGCAGCAGCAAAUGCUGGUGGGAAUGGAGAAAAGCAACAGCCAGGAUCAAAUGAGUCACUUGAACAGGCCACCUCCAGACUACAAGGACCAAAGACGAAGCUCCGUUGGCUUGCAGCAAGCCAGCCAAUACACAAGUGGCCUACCAACUGGCGGUGUCAACCAAAGUCCACCAGCAACGACCAACCCUGUUUCAACCCACAAUCUAACCCCACCCAAUCCAAAUCACUCUUCCCCAAACCACAGUUCCAGAAUGACACCUCUUCAAGGAGCUCAGAACAUGUAUGGGAACCCACCGUGCUCUCAGCAAGUUAUGUAUAAUGCGAGCCCUGGCACUAACCAAAUGCAACAACAAACGAACCCAAACACAACGGGGAACAAUCAAAACAGCCACAUAUUGCCAAGGCGAUCGCCAACCGCACAAGGAAAUCCACUGCCUCCUUUCAGUGCGGGUUCUGCAACUAGUCCUCCACAAUUCAGAGCUUCUCUCAAUCAUGGAACCAAUAUGGCAGGGCAAAGACCCCCCAAUGGUAUGAACAAUUCAUCUGUAUCCCAGAACUGGCCAUCACAAGAAGCCAAGAAGCAAAGCGGGCUUUGCUUCUCCAACACCAAUCAGUUUUCCAGCCAGCCCCUUCAAGGAAUAUUGGGAAGCCAGAAUUUUGCUCCCAAUCCACCUGAAUUGCAGAUGAGAGCCCAGAUGAGCCAAGCCCCUGCUGGACAAGGACAAACAAUGGAGCCGCUGAGAGGCUUCAACAACAGUGGGCAAGCUCAGAUGCGAGCACAGUUGUCCCCUAACCCUAAUCAAGGUGGGGGUGGUACAGCCAUGGCAGCAAACACAUUCACUUCCCCCAAUCCAGUGCCUCGAGGGUUCCCAGGUUCCGAUACAAGUAACGACUUGGGAUCCUUCGAUUUCCUUUCUACUAAUAGUGAUUUCGAUUUUAUUGAUACGUUACUUAAAACAGGCCAUGCCAACGAUGACUGGAUAAAGGACAUUAUUUUAGAUGAGAUUUUUAAGAAUCAUGCCUGAAUUUGUAUUAUGUGCUAUGCAAGUCUAGUACAAAGACCCUUAAAGGGUAACUUAACCAUGCAAAUAAAUGUUUAUAUAUAAUCCA